CCGUCAUUAUCGAUGCCAACCAAUCCAGACGCCGCCUGCUGACGUCAGUUUAGCGUCAAGCCCAAGAUAAACUCAGUUCAAAUUUGUUUCCACUAUGAAAAGAAGUACAGUCCUGUGGAGCGUGAACACCCCUAACAGACGGUGAAUUUUACAAGAACUGCUGUUCCUCCUGGAGCUGUUUCACUGACCGGUGACCGGAGAAAACCGCAGCAGAAGAAGAAGAAGACUCUAUGUGAAUGUCCAGCACAGACAAGUGACAGCCACCAUGUCAGGUUUAACUCAACAGAGUAUCAACCUGCAGGGUCUGGAAGAAGGGGAUAUUCUCGACCCAGAGUUUCAGCAGCGUUUGGAAGAUGCUCGGACUUUGCUCAGGCAGGAGAUCCAGCGGGAACUAAAGAUAAAGGAUGCGGCUGAAAGACUACGACGGGCCGUCACCAACCGCAAGAGCGCAUCUGAUGUGGAGGGCCAACUCAAGGCCUCCAGCCGCAAACUGGAGAAGUUGCACUGGGAACUGCAGGAGCUCAAUGCCAGGUCUAUGGCCACAGAGAAGGACGGCACCACAGGUUUCAUGGAGGAGGAAGACCACCUUUCACCAGAGUCAUGUCAGUUGGACGAGGUCUCAUCCCCAGUGGCCAGUCGAGUCAGAACCCUGAAGAAACAGCUAACAAUGGAGACCAAAGUCAAACAGGGUGCUGAGAACAUGAUCCAGACUUACAGCAACAGCUCUGUCAAGGACAGGAAGAUGAUGACAACAGCCCAGCAGAUGUUACAAGACAGUCGUACUAAGAUUGAGCUCCUGCGCAUGCAAAUUAUUAAAGUCAGCCAAGCCAGAGAUGAGCGGGACGGCUCGCAAGGUCACCCUGCGGAGACGAUCAACCCUGUUGAGCUGCGGUUGGAUGAUCUCCUGCACCACAUGAAGAUUGAAUCAGCCAUAGCAGAUGGCGCCAAAAAUGUGGUGAAGCAGCUGAGUGGGAGUAAGAUCCUGGACCGCCGCAUUCUUGCAGAGGCCCAGGCACGGAUGCACGAGUCAUCACAGAAGGUGGACUUGUUAAGGCUCUCCCUUGAAAGACGCGUCAGUGAGCUGCCUCGGGACCAUCCCAAGCAUGUUGCCAUUAAGGAGGAACUAGCAGUACCAAAGAAGCAAUCCAAUGCUCCGUCCACUUCCUCUUCUUCCUUCUGCCUCAAACCAGCCAGUCUCACAGGUCGAUUAGAGGUAUGUUUGAUGGGUUGCCAAGACCUGUUGGAGUGUGUACCGGGCCGUAGUCGUGUGACAGGAGUCUCAGCCGCCCCUGUAAGCCUCUCAGAGGGGAAGUCUCUGAAGGUAAGAGCUGGCCUGUCAGGACGCAGCGGCAGUGGGAAGACAACCAAGGCUGAUGAUCUCUCCUCGGAUAUAAGUGCUGUGCUGAAGGUGGACAACAGGAUAGUGGGACGUACACACUGGAGACAGUUGGGCAAAGAGGCCUGGGGGCAGAGUUUCAGCAUUGAACUGGAACGGUCCAGGGAGCUGGAGAUUGCUGUGUACUGGAGAGACUGGCGAGGGAUGAGUGGGGUGAAGUUCCUGCGGCUGGAGGAUUUUCUGGACAACCACCGACAUGGCAUGUGUUUGCAGAUGGAGCCUCAAGGCAUCCUCUUCAUUGAGGUCACAUUUAUCAAUCCUGUCAUUGAGCGGCCAUCAAAACUUCAGAGACAGAGGAGAAUUUUCCCUAAAGAAAAAGGAAAGGAUUUCCUGCGUGCAGCCCAGAUGAACAUGAACUUUUCCACUUGGGGCCGUUUGAUGAUGAGCAUACUGCCUCCCUGCAGCUCCCUGGAGCCCAUGAGCCCUCCAUUAGCUGGCCCUUACAGUAGUCCCCAACCAUCCAUCACUUCUCCAUCACGAGAACCUGCUGUUGUAAAUUCUACUGAAAAACAAGCCGGAAGAUCUCCACACCACUCAAGAAAGAACACUAAAGACUUUCCACUGGGUCCUGGUGAGAACAGGAGCCCAAAGCCCAAGCAUCAUCCCUCAAUUAAUCGACCAAACAGGGAUGACGGACUGCAGAUGGAAGAUUUCAACUGCAUUUCAGUUCUGGGGAGAGGUCACUUUGGUAAGGUGCUGCUAGCAGAGUACAAGAUGUCAGGCAAACUGUACGCCAUCAAAGCCCUAAAAAAAGGAGACAUAGUGACACGUGAUGAAGUUGACAGCCUCAUGUGUGAAAAGAGGAUAUUUGAAGUGAUCAACACCGCACAACAUCCUUUCUUGGUGAACCUGUACGGCUGCUUCCAGACUGCAGACCAUGUGUGCUUUGUGAUGGCCUACUCCCCCGGAGGAGACCUCAUGACACACAUUCACACAAGCAUCUUCACUGAGAAACAGACCAGGUUUUAUUCAUCGUGUGUGCUGCUCGGCCUGGAGUUUCUACACCAAAACAAAAUAGUUUACAGGGAUCUGAAGCUGGAUAAUCUUCUAAUGGAUGCAGAUGGUUUUGUCAGGAUAGCAGACUUUGGCUUGUGCAAAGAAGGUAUGGGUCACGGGGAUCGCACUACAACAUUCUGUGGAACACCAGAGUUUUUGGCUCCAGAGGUGCUAACUGACAACAACUACACCCGCAGUGUGGACUGGUGGGGGCUGGGAGUCCUCAUCUAUGAGAUGCUGGUGGGAGAGUCUCCCUUCCCAGGUGAUGAUGAGGAAGAGGUGUUUGACAGCAUCGUCAACGAUGAAGUGCGCUACCCUCGCUCCCUGUCGACUGACUCUGUAUCCCUCAUUCAAAAGCUGCUGCAGAAGAAUCCUGAGACGAGACUUGGAGGCGGGGGAGAAGAUGCCUCCGAGAUCAAAAGACACAAAUUCUUUCAGGGAACGGACUGGGAUGCUCUGCUGGCCAAAAAGGUGAAGCCUCCCUUCCUGCCGGUCAUCAGAGCGUUGAAGGACGUCAGUAAUUUUGAUGAAGAGUUUACUAGUCUCAAGCCAGUCCUGACUCUACCACGAACACCCUGCAUCCUCACUGCUGAGCAACAGGAAAUCUUUGCUGACUUUGACUUCUCCUUCAUGAGUUGAUCGAAGCCACUCCUUCUCUUUGCUGCCGUCACUGUGAAAGGCAGCUUCUGUUUAUAGCUACUUUUAAGUCCGUCUUGAUUCAACAGAAACGCCAAUCCUGCCUUUUUUCAUGUCCUAACAGUUCCACGUCCACAUCAUCUCUGUGGCCUGUUUGCUGCAACACAAAGUCUCAAACACUGGAAAUGCAACAGGCUGCAGCCAGGCUGAUAUUGUUGAGAGCUAGGUUGUAUUUCUUUCAUGCAAACUGUUUCUAUCAUCAAGCCAUAGGAUCCAAAGGCUAGACAUACAUUAACACUGAAGUGUCACCUGUGCAGCACUUUUUUUUUUUUUUUUUUUUUAAACAAAUGGACAUUGUUUCAACCCUCUACAGCCAAAGUACUAAACUGUAAAUAUUUAAUCUUUAUGAAGAAAAGUGAUUGUGAAGGCCAAAGCAUUAAAUUGUACAGUACAAAUGUACCUUCUGCUUUUAAAUAUAACAUUCUGUGUCCAUCUGUUGUGACCUCAUGUUGUUGGAAUGUAACAUACUGAAAAUAGCCAAAAUGUUCAUUUAAAUGUUUUCAUAAAGAUUUCUCAGUGAAUACAACUGACCUGCUAUUUUAAUAUAACACCAUCAUGAAGACUAUGCUCAUGUGGAAUGAACCAGCCUGUGUUUUAAAGUAUAAACUACAUGGAGGAAAUAUGAAUUAAUAAAUGUAUAUCUGCUGGA